GCACAAACAACUUCAAGUUCAUGGUUCAAGGCUUCCAAGUUUCAACUCCAUUGGAAGUUAUUACGAGAGGAGAGAAUAUGCUCGCUUUAAAAUACCUCGUUAGAUAACACAAAUGACGCCAACCUGCUUUCACAAGAUAUUUCUCACCGCAAAGCUUAUUCUAAGCUCUUCGAUUCCAUACCUACUACUACCCAUCUAUGUACCAUGGUCGUUUUCUUUACGGUAUCCCCGAAUGUGAGGUCACUGAGGUGCACAUAUGAAGUACUUGCUUGACCUUCAAUGUUCCUCCAUUGCAAUAUUUUACGAGAAUCUACUUCUCUUUUCCCACAUUUCCGCGGGGUAACCUCCGGAUGUCUCUCUCGGCUCCCCUUUCUUCUAGGAAGAGAGGCUUGCUGAAAAUAACGGCUGGCAACAUGACUCUUGUGUUCAGUAGACACGUGUUCCCAGUCUCAUCCUUACUAAUGCAGACUUCUCUACAGUAAGACAAAUGCCGCGAGCAAGUGCAUCAAUUGAUGUCCUGGCGUGCGCGUUGUGCUGCAGGUACCUGCUAUCUACCUAUAUGUCUACCCUAUUGGGAUACCGAGUAACAGCCUCGCAGCCCGAUGUGUACUACAUACCCAAGUCUUAUACAUACAUAGUAGCGUAUGCUAUACAUAUCUCCUUGUUACUAGGUUACAAGACAAGGAUUGUCAGCCUCAAUCAUUCAAGCAACAACUUUGGCUAGGCAUAGGAGUGAUCUCUACUACCCUUUUGAGUGGCCUUCUCUGCAAGUUGCUCGUUUUUUAUUCGUCCUAACCUGAGAUGGUGGUCAGACACAGGUACUGUCACCGCUAGAUGUUCUCCUAUUGUUGUCAUCUUUAUCACUCGCCGUUUAUUCUCUAUGUAAGAUCGAGUCAUACUAGUUAUUUAUCCUAUAGUUGUGGUGAAAGAAAGCAAAAGAACACCAUCUGUAGACUUGUUACGCCGAGCCUCCUCCCCCCCUCCCCAAGAAAACCCCACCGCCCAUAGAAAAUGACGGAAGAAAUAACGUGCAUGAAGGAAAGCCUCAUUGGCGAAUCAAAUGGCUUGGAAUCAUCAGCGUUGUUGGUGGGGCCUUUGGAAACCCCC